AUGCUGGCGGCGGCGGCGGCGGAGGAGGCAGCGGCGGGGGGUGGGGGUCCCUCUGCGGGUUCCUCGGAGCAGAGCGGAGGUCGGUUCAGUGUCCUGAGCUGGGAGCAGGUGCAGCGCUUGGACCAGAUCCUGGGCGAAGCCGUCCCCAUCCACGGCCGUGGGAACUUCCCCACGCUCUCCGUGAGGCCCCGAACCAUCGUCCAGGUCGUCCGUAGUCGCCUGGAAAAGAAAGGAAUCCUGGUCCAUAACGUGAGGCUGAAUGGCUCAGCAGCCAGUCAUGUUCUGCACCAGGACAGUGGCUUGGGGUACAAAGACCUGGAUCUCAUCUUUGGGGUUGAUCUGAAGACCGAAGACGUUUUCCAGCUGGUUAAAGACGUGGUGAUGGAUUGCCUGCUUGACUUCCUCCCAGAAGGAGUCAACAAAGACAAGAUCACCCCCAUGACUCUGAAGGAAGCCUACGUGCAGAAGCUGGUGAAGGUCUGCAACGAAACGGAUCGCUGGAGCCUCAUCUCCCUCUCCAACAACAGCGGGAAGAACGUGGAGCUCAAGUUCGUGGACUCUCUCCGACGGCAGUUCGAGUUCAGCGUGGACUCCUUCCAGAUCAUCCUGGAUUCGCUUCUGCUGUUUGGGGAGUGUUCAGAGAACCCCAUGGCUGAGAACUUCCACCCCACGGUCACGGGGGAGAGCAUGUACGGGGACUUUGAGGAGGCAAUGGAUCACCUCCGGAACAGAACCAUCGCCACCAGGAACCCCGAGGAGAUCCGAGGCGGGGGGCUGCUGAAAUAUUGCAACCUCUUGGUGAGGGGCUUCAAACCCAAAUCAGAAGUGGACAUGAAGGCCUUGCAGAGGUACAUGUGCUCCCGUUUUUUCAUAGACUUCUCAGACAUCGGGGAGCAGCAGAGGAAGCUGGAGUGCUACCUCCAGAGCCACUUUGUCGGGAUGGAGAGCAAAAGAUAUGACUAUUUGAUGACCCUCCACAGGGUGGUCAAUGAGAGCACGGUCUGCCUCAUGGGACAUGAGAGGAGGCAGACCCUGAACCUCAUUGCCAUGCUGGCUGUGAGGGUCCUGGCUGAGCAGAACAUCAUCCCCACUGUCACAAACGUUACCUGCUACUACCAGCCAGCUCCUUACAUCAGUGAAAUCAACUUCAACUACUACGUCACCCACGUGCAGCCCUUCCUGCCUUGCAAUCAGUCCUACCCCACGUGGCUGCCCUGUAACUGAGCCAGGAGAAGAAAACUUCAGGGGUCUGACCUCCCGAGGUAUUUAUUGCCUUGGGGAGAGGGGAGGU